AAAAAAAAAAAAAGAAGAAGAAGACAGACGGCUGCGACCCUGAUAUCAGGGCUAACAGAGAGAGCCCCUCCAGCAGUCCUGCCUUUGUCAACAUUUAGCUAAGGAGGCCGGAAAGCAGACAGGAUGGACUCCUGGGUUCGGUUCAACUCCCAGAGUCAGGCCAAGGAGAAAGUUUUCAGAGCUGCUCAGUACUCCUGCAUGCUGUUGGGCUCCACUCUGACCAAAAGCAGGGCUGCCUCUGACCUCCAAAGGAUAGUCAGUGACCUGGAAGCUCACAUGAGCCUCACUAGAAAGCUGCUGCGUCUGGGGAACUCCGUAGAGGCUCUGCAGGCGGCUAAGAGAGCCAUCCACCUUUCUGACGGUGUGCUGAGGCUCUGCAUCACCAUCGCCCACCUCAACAGGGCAAUGUACUUCGCCUGUGACAAUGUGCUGUGGGCAGGAAAAACAGGCAUCAUCUCCAAACUGGAUCAUCACAAAUGGAGUCAGAGGUCUUUCAGGUAUUACCUAUUUGCUCUGAUCCUCAAUGUCACUCGAAAUGUGUAUGAGGUCUGCCUUCUCCUGGACGGCGAGGAUCGCUGCAGAAGCACCAAAUCCUCCAGUCCCAGCGAUGUCCUUCCUGAUGACCGCCUCUCAUCGUCAUCGGCCGUUCCAGCCACUUCUCCUCCUGCUCUGAUGUUUGCACGGCUUUGCAGACUUAUGGGUCAAGUGGGAGCUGUCCUGUACAACAACCCGCCUCUCCUAUUGGACCUGCUGAAGAACAGCUGUGAUAUUUUCAUUCCGCUGGACAAGCUGGGGCUUUAUCGGACAGGCCCCGCCUUUGUGGGGACUUGUGGGUUGCUUUCAUCUGUCCUCUCCAUCGUCACCAUGCUCCACCCAUGGCUGAAACUGAAACCAUAAACCCUGAUGAACAGAAAACGGGUUCUGCUGUUACAGUGGCAUACUAUGGUAUGAUAGCCCACCUUAGGUUGGAUAGAACCAAAUAUAAAUCCCAUCACUGCAUCCAUCAGAGGGUAAUUACCUAAAAAAUGGCGCUAAAACUGUGAGCACAUUCUUAUACAGAUUCAUAUGGUUAUUUUUUAUUUUAUUUUACAUUUUCUUUAACUCUAGACCAAAAAUUUAACAGAUAUGUAAAAUUUCUUCCCAAACUGUACCGCCCUGUCCAUGCACAGAGAGAGGAUUGCAAUCUGGAGUUUUGGUUAUUGAUCCCUAUGGAGAGAAAGUAACUUGUUCUUAAUAAAGAUCCGUUUGUUUGGUUAAAAGGUGUAUUUUAAGAAGAAACAUGGACUGCAAAGGAAAAUCUAUUCAUUGAAUAUAUUUCAUUUUUGGCUCAACACUGUUUAGUGCACAAGUUGAUUUUAAAAUGAGGCAUUAAAUAAAGGGAUUUGAAAGUAAUGUUAACUUUAAUGUGUUGUAACGGCCUCUUAUGCUGAUAUUACAGGAACUAGGGGCCGGGAUGUGGCCAUUUUGGAUUUCUGUUUAGUUUUAUUUUGUAGACAGAAUGUUUUUAAUUUAGUUUGAAACCAAGUUUGUGUGAGGACAGGAGGCAGUAAAAGAUUUUUUAACUUAACUUUAACUUUAACCAACAUUUUCCUGAAGGCCGUGAGUGGCACCAGGUGGCGUUUCAUAUACGCACGUCUGACUUAGAAAGAUAUGUCCUUUAUUUACAGCAAAAAAAUCAAAUCUUUUAUGAAAGCUGCAACAGCAGAUUAAUUAACUUUCAUUUUUAUUUAAGUUGCAAGAUGUUUUUGGUUGUAUUAUUUCUGUCUUGUAUUUUUUGCUGGAAAUAAACAUAUUUUUCUAAAUCAGAGGUGUGUAUAUGAAACACCAUCUGUUGCCGAUUUUGUGGAAAUGUAACUAUGCAUCUGAUUGCUUGUUGUUGGGGUUUAACAAGUUGCUGAAUUAUCAUCCUUACAAGGUUCACUGUCCAUUCAUGUUUAUUAAAAAAUGCAAUGAUGAAAACUUUAGUGGUACUCAAACUCUUCCUGUUCCUUAGAGGUAAUUUCUUCAGGUUAGUCCUUCCAAAGAAAAACUACAGAUGGUUCAGAGUAAAAAAAAAAAAAAAACUUAAAAAAAGAACUGUUAUGUAACAUCUUAUGGUCAUAAAAAGUUUUUUAAUAUUUUUCUUUUAGAUGCAAGUAAUGAUCAGAUUGUUGGGUAAUUUCUCAGUGAAACAGGCUAAACUUUCUCUUAGGCUUCAAACAAGAUGUUUUAUCAAUAAAAAAAAAACAUUCCUAUCAACAACACAUUUAGGCUGUAGUUAAAGAGCCUUGACGAAUGGGCAAUUUAUGGAA